AUGACAGCACCGACAGCGAAGAUCGAUGACUCCAUGCCUGCGCGCAUCUCCGCAGAUUGCCCAGACGAUAUCCGAGAAGUUCUAUAUCAUGCAUGGGGCCAUGACCGGAGCGGUCUGAAGGCUCUGCUGCGAACCACCGGCAAGGCCAACGCUCAGGAUAUUAAGACAGGCGAGACGCCUCUACAUGCAGCUAUCCGCGCCUGCGGGCCAGCCUCUCCUGAGGAUGACAGCGCUGAUCAAGAGGAGGACGGUUGCGUUGAGGAGGCCAAGGAGAUUGUCCAGGACCUGUUCCUCAACGGCGCCAUCUGGAACGAUGUCGACAGCAACAACGAGACCCCCGGCUGCGUCGCCCUCCGACUAGGCCGCAAGACCCUAUACAAUCUGUGCGUCGAGGCUGGAGUUCGCGCAGAGCUGCUCUUUGCCUUGAUGGGCGGUGACUAUGAGCAGCUGUCCUCUGGCUCAGAAGAUGGCGAUGAGAUGCACGUGGACGAGAACGAAGACGAAGUCCCCCAGCUCGUAUCCACCGAAGAAGUCGUCGCCGCACCCGAAGAAGCCAAAUUCGUGCCCCCCGAUGCAAAGGAGAAGCCCGUCACGAGCGAAGAAUACCUCAGCUCCAAGCUGACAUACGACGACGCCAAGCUCGUCGACUCGGAUCUGAACGGUGUUAUGAUGGCCUGGGAGACGGACAUCAUGCGCCGCUCCGUCGCCGCCCUGGUCCCCGACUCGGCCCCCGGCAAGCGCAUCCUCAAUAUCGGCUUUGGCAUGGGCAUCAUCGAUGGCAUGUUUGCCGACCUCAAGCCCUCCCGCCACCACAUCAUCGAGGCCCACCCCUCCGUCCUCGAGCACCUCGCCCAGCCGGGCUCCAAGUUCGGUCCUGAGUGGGAGAAGAGCGGGCCCGAAGAGGGCGCCUUCAAGGUGCACAAGGGCAAGUGGCAGGAUGUGGUGCCCAAGUUGCUCGAGGACGGCGAGGUCUACGACGCCAUCUACUUUGACACUUUUGGCGAAGACUACUCGCAGCUGCGUCACUUCUUCACCGAGUGUAUCAUCGGUAUCAUGGACCAGGAGGGCCGGUUCAGCUUCUUCAAUGGACUCGGCGCUGACAGAAAGAUAUGCUACGACGUCUACACCAAGGUGGUCGAGAUGCAAUGCGCCGAUGCCGGCCUCGAUGUCGAUUGGGAGGAAAGCGACGUCGACAUGGCUGGCCUAGAUCAGGCUGGCAAGGGAGAAUGGGAGGGCGUGCGGCGACGGUAUUGGACCCUCGACAAAUACCGGUUGCCCGUUUGUACGUUCAUGGGCUAG